GCGACUCGCUUAUCAACACAUGCGGGAUGGGUUGUGUUGAUCGUCGCCAACGUGCUAGAUAGGAAAUAAGUGAUCGAAAUUAUUUAAACUGCCAUUUUUUAAAAAAAAUAUAUUUUGGCAGACUUUCUGAACAAGAUGGCAAACACCAAUCUGCAUUUCAAAACAAACUAUGAUGUUUCCAACAAGAUUGAGCCGUUUUAUAAAGGAGGCAAAGUGCAGAUCAGCAAAGAUGAGAAGCACAUCUUCUGUACAUGUGGAUCACGUGUGAAUGUUUUGGAAAUCAGCACAGGGAAGGUUGUCCACAGCAUCGAGCAGGAUGACCAGGAGGACAUCACUUCCUUUGCGCUCAGCUGUGAUGACGAGAUUCUGGUGACAGCCAGUCGGGCUCUGCUGCUGAAACAGUGGGACUGGAGGAAAGCCCAGUGCACUCGCUCAUGGAAGGCCAUUCACACUGUACCAGUAGCCAGUAUGACCUUCGACCCCACCUCCACACUUCUGGCCACAGGUGGCUGUGAUGGCACCAUUAAGCUUUGGGAUGUAGUGAAGCAGUACUGCACUCACAACCUGAAGGGGUCGUCUGGAGUUGUACACCUGGUCCAGUUCCACCCAGACAUCAGCCUGCUGCAGCUCUUCUCCUCCUCGCUGGACUGUGGCAUCCGGCUGUGGGACCUGCGCUCCAGCCAGUGUGUGUGUGUGCUUCAGAGCCACUACAGCGCCGUCACCUCCCUCGCCUUCAGCCCUGACGGCGGCACCAUGCUCAGCUCUGGCAGGGAUAAGAUCUGCACAGUGUGGAAUCUGAAGACCCGGACGGUCAAGAGAACCGUACCAGUCUAUGAGGCAGUGGAGGGAGUUGUGUUGCUCCCUGCGAAGGGGGACUUCUCUCAAAUUGGAGUAAAGACCAAGGACUUGCAUUUCAUCACAGCAGGCAGCAAAGGUGUGUUGAGAGUGUGGGAGGCCAGCACAGCGAGAUGCGUGUACACCCAGACCCUCCCCUCGGCUCCCGUCGCCGCCUCCGAGGAUGGCAAAGAGGAAGACGACAACCCCUCCAGCUUGACCUACCUCCUUCCCCUGCCCGCCUCCUCCAGACUGGCUGCCGUCACCGCAGAGCACAACAUACUGCUUUACCAGCUGCCCGGCCUCACCACGCAGCAGCAGUUUGUGGGUUACAGUGAUGAGGUGCUGGACGUGAAGUUCCUGGGCAAAGGGGACAGUCACAUCGUCGUGGCAACCAACAGCUGUCAGCUCAAGGUGUUUGAGUUGCUGACAAACAGCUGCCAGAUCCUCUACGGACACACAGAUACUGUCCUCUCGUUAGAUGUUUUCAAAAAGGGCGCUCUCUUCGCAAGCUGUGCCAAGGACAAGUCCAUACGUGUGUGGCAGAUGGACAGUGCCAGUGGUCAGGUGCGUUGUGUGGCCCAGGGCUUCAGCCAUGCCGAUGCUGUGGGGUCAAUCACCUGCUCCAGGUUGAAAGCAUCAUUCAUAGCGUCCGGCAGUCAGGACUGUACUGUCAAGGUGUGGGAACUGCCUGCGGACUUCUCUACAACAGGAGCGGACAUCCAUCAGCUGACUGCCCGUGCCACUGAGAAGGCACAUGACAAGGAUGUAAACAGUGUGGCGGUGUCGCCCAAUGACAAGCUGCUGGCAUCGGGCUCCCAGGAUCGCACAGCCAAGCUGUGGUCCUUGGCAGGUGACAGGGACCUGGGCUUGCUGGGGGUUUUCCGGGGCCACCGUCGCGGGGUUUGGGCUGUCUGCUUCUCUCCUGUCGACCAGGUGCUGGCCACCUCCUCUGCUGACGGCACCACCAAGCUCUGGAGCCUGCAAGACUUCAGCUGUCUCAAGACAUUCGAGGGUCAUGAUGCGUCAGUUUUGAAGGUCAUUUUUGUAAGCCGAGGGACUCAGCUGCUCACCAGUGGCUCAGAUGGUUUGGUCAAGCUAUGGACCAUAAAAACCAACGAGUGUGUCAAGACGCUGGACGCCCACCAGGACAAGGUGUGGGGGCUCCAUGCCAGUCGCAAGGAUGACAAGAUGGUGACCGGGUCGGCGGACUCCAACAUCACCAUCUGGCUGGACGUGACCGAGGUGGAGUUGGCAGAGGAGCAGGCCAAGCAGGAGGAUCAGAUACUCAAGCAACAGGAGUUGACCAACCUGCUCCAUGAGAAGAGGUAUCUAAAGGCCCUGGGCCUCGCCAUCUCCCUGGACCAGCCUCACACCGUGCUCACUGUCAUCAAAGCAAUACGGCAGAGUGAGGACAGCCAGCAGCUGUUGGAGAGGACAGUGCUGAAACUCCGACUGGACCAGAAAGAGUCGCUGCUGCGUUACUGUGUGGUGUGGAACACAAAUGCCAGAAGCUGCCUGGACGCCCAAACGGUCCUGCAGGUGCUGCUCACACAUCUGCCUCCCGAGGAAUUGUUACAGUACCAGGGGGCCCGAACCCACCUUGAGGGACUCAUACCAUACACAGAGAGACACAUGCAGAGAAUCGGUCGGUUGCUGCAGGCCUCCAUGUUCCUGGAUUACAUGUGGCAGAAGAUGAGAGUGACAGGUGCACCAGCCAGCAUGGACAAAGAUGAGGAAAUGGACACCACUCCUCUCAAAGAGACCCAGCAGUUUAUGAUCGACAAGGAGUCUGGCGGGAGUGGAAAAGGCAGAGGCGGGGAGAGACGGGAGGAGGAAGAUAAUGAUGAAGAUGAAAACAGUGACAGUGGACAUGACGAGGAUCCAAACUGCCCGGUGGAGGAAGAGGAUGGUGAAGUAAGUGCCGCCAAGAAAGCAUCUCUUGUCACUUGUGGGCACGCUGAAAAUGGCAAGACAAAUGGCAACCACCACUCUGGAAGUGAGGAGAGCUCGGAGGAGGAGGAGGAGGAGGAUAUGGAAGAAGAUGAGAGAGAUCAGAUGACAGCCAGAACGGUGAAAUGUCUCCCAGGCUCUUCCGCUUCACACCUCCAGAGUCUUGCCAGCUGACUGGGAUCACCAAGCUGAACGCUGAUGACUCGCUGCAGGUGUGAAGAGCCCUAGGAGCCCGUUAUCUCAGCCCAUUAGCUGGAGUGACACGUUUAAUUUGUGGUCCUUGCAGCACAGGCAGGGAUAGACACACCGACAGCUACAGAACGGCCUUGCAGUGAAACAAUGUUAAGGUUAACAGGCCUGCCUGUGGGUUCCCCUUGUCAGCAGCCAAAUCCUCAAGACUCUUAAUCUGUUUUGAUACUUAAGUUCUGUGUCCUUUCUUCCCGCCUGUCAACAGGAUCUGAUUGGUGUAAGAAAGCAAUCACAUUAUGUAAAUACCCUGUUGUAAGUGAGGGAGGGAGAAAACAAAGCAGGAAGGAAGUAUAGCUUUUUUAAUAUUUCACUAUUCAACUAGGACCAACAUCCUUCAUAGCACAUAAGAACACCUUUUAUUUCAAAAAAUGCUGUGUAGUCCAGGUCUACCACCUCUCCUGCAAACAAAAGAAGACAUUUAUCAAAUAACUGUAUUUUGUAUGUUGAAUUUUGAAUAAAAUGUGUGCCUUGUGAUAAUGAAA